UCGUAAGGUUAAGUUGGAUUACAUUUGGUUGCCAGAAUUUCGUACGAGAUAGGAGGUUAUGUUAUUGUAAAACUGUACUCGGUCGUGUCGCAAGUAUAGAAAGAUGUUGUUAAUAACUCGCAGGUUCAACGCAAAGCUGACGCGGGGUUUGCCGAAAACGUUGAAGCUUAUCGCGACGUAUGCGAACGUUUCGAACGGCGAGCAAGUGGAACAAUUCCGCGUGCUGGAGCUUUAUCCGCAGAAGGAUGUCGUGCAGAAACGACAAGUGCAAAAGCCGAAGGUAGCACCGCCGAGAACGAUGGAAAUGCCGACCGACCAGGACUGGCCGUCGGUUUGGCCGGGUGCGCGAACCUUUCAUCCCGCUUCGGUGCCCUUACCGUUGCGGCAGGGCUAUGUGGAGAAGGGCGUGCCGCCCGACAAGUACGUUAACGCCGAGCUCAUGAAAAUACCGAAUUUCCUGCAUCUCACACCGCCAGCGAUUCGCAGACACUGCGAGGCCUUGAAGCAGUUCUGUACCGAGUGGCCCGUGGCGCUCGACACCGACGAAAAGUGCACCGAACAUUUCCCCGUCGCGAUCACCACGUCCGAUUAUUGCUAUUCCUCGCCCACCAUCAGAGAUCCACUCGCUAGGAUCGUCAGCCUGCAAAUUAAACUGUCAUCUCUUUACCUGGAUACUCACGCCAAGGACAAGUUGUUGAGACUACUGGCUGACAGAUACAAUGCGGAAACAGGCGUAAUAACCAUCACGACCGACAGAUGCCCGAGCAGGAAGCAAAACUUGGAAUACGCGCGGUAUCUCCUCACUGCGGUGUAUCACGAGUCCUGGAGGGUGGAGCCGUGGGAAGCUGAGAAAUCCGAAGCGGACAUGGAAUACUUCGACUGGGACUCGAGUGUGAGUCGCACGAGUCUGGUGACGCUGUACAAAUGGCCCGAGCCGCCGACCGAUUACGAUUACGAGACCAUCCCGCACGCGACGGAAUACAAGAUUGCAGUUUCGGAUCUCAUAAACAACGGGGAGGAUCAGUACUCAGUCAACAAGUACAAGGAAGCCGUGAAAAAUUUGUUGAACCUCAAGAGCGACGAUAAAAGUUGAAUCAAUAGGUAGAAACAAAUUGAUUCUGUCAUUUUUCUCUUUUUCAUCGAAAUGUUUAUCUACGGAGAGAAAUCUGUUCUAAAGGGCGAUAUGUAAAAGCGAUAAUAAAAUCGUUACGCGAA